CCUCUCUUCCACUCAAAGGUUUGAAUCCAAAAAUAAACCAACAAAAAAAAAAAGACUCCAACCGAUAAUCCCUUCUCCUUCCUCCUCUUCCCAGAACAACUUUGACAUCUUAUCCUCCUGGCUGCUACCAGGAUGGCCUCCCAAACCCAAAUUACUGAAACUUCUGCCUUGGAGCUGAUUAAGCAGCAUCUUCUUGAUGAUUUCGCCUUCAUGGAAAACUAUUGUGUUUCAGACGAUCGCUUGAGCCAAUUUUCACACCUCUCCACUUCUCAGUCUAACAAUUCCUCCGAUUCUGAUACUUCAAGCUUUGCAACCUCCAACGCUUCUUUCAGCUUUGCAACCUCCAGUUCCAGCUCCAGUAUUAAUUACAUGGAAUUGGAAACGAAGCCGAACGUCGCGUUAACUACUCCAAACCACCCAAGACAAACCGCCACCAGCUUCAGCGAGCGAAAGCCUGUUUUGAAUAUAGCAAUUCCUCCUCCCGUUAAGAAAUUGUUGGACUUUAACAAAAUGAAUACCUCUAAUACCACCACCACCACCUACGAGCAGCCUAAGGCUAAAGCGGUUGAGCAGAAGAAAGUUCAGGAAGGUUCCGCUGAGAAAAAACAUUAUAGGGGAGUCAGGCAGCGGCCCUGGGGAAAAUUUGCGGCUGAGAUUCGUGACCCCAAUCGUAAAGGGUCUCGGGUUUGGCUGGGAACUUUUGAUACCGCCGUGGAGGCCGCCAAAGCUUAUGAUAAGGCGGCCUUCCGUCUCAGAGGGAGCAAAGCUAUCCUCAAUUUCCCACACGAGGUGGGGAAUAAUACUUUGCCGGAAAGUGAGCUGGCGACGACUUCUGGUCGGAAAAGGGCCAGGGAGCCGGAUGUUGUGAGUGAGGACAUUGUGAAAAAAGAGGUGAAGAGGGAGGAGGUGUCGCCGGCGUCCGUCCGGAAAGGUGAGGAGCGUGGUUUGCCCACGGAUCCGUUAACGCCGUCGAGUUGGACCGCAGUUUGGGACUGUGGAGAUGUGAAGGGUAUUUUUGAGAUUCCGCCUCUAUCGCCGCUAUCUCCACACCCAAGUUUGGGCUAUUCCCAGCUCAUGGUUAUCUAAUCAACCAAAUCAAAAUUAUCCACGGGAUCACCGAAUUAAUUUAAAAAAUAAAAUUUUGAAAAAAAAAGGGGGGAAAUACCUGAAGGAAGAAAAAAAAAAAGAUUGAGAAAGGGAAGUUAUUCAAUUCUUUUUGGAUGAUGGGCAAAAGUAAUAGAGGAAUCUAAGGACUUUGAAACCCAAGACUGCCUCAAAUGACGGGAUCAAGCAACAAAGCGAUCCUUCCAAGUUUAAGGAUGAGUUGUUAAAUGCGAGUCGGUAGAUUAUCAAGAUGCACCUGACAGUCAUGAAGUCUGAGGUGAUUAGGGGUGGGAAAAAUAUAUAUGUAUGUGUAUAUUUCAGCUGUUGUUUUGCAUCUACAUUGAUUUUCCUUUGUAGCUUCUUUAAUUGGUUCAAGGAUGUAAAUAUAGAAAAAGUAGUGUGGCAUUUGUAAUUGGUUCAUUCGUUUAGAAUAUGAAAUUGAGCUAUAUAAUUCUGAUGAAAA